UAUUUUCCAGGGAUUGGCUGAAUAAAAGACAACUACUGAGGGCCCAAACUUUUAAAGUUCGACGUAGGACUCAAAAUCUCAAGUCUGACCUUGAAUCUACCACAAAGCACUGCUAGUCAAACCAUUGACCUUCCCUCUUUCUCUCUUUCCAAACAGAUAAAUUUCCACUGCCUUACUGCAUUUCAAAUUACUGAAUUCAGAUAAACUGAGAUUUACAUUUAUUUAUUUAGUGUGUGUGUGUGUGCUAUUCUAUAUUUUGUGGGCAGUGGAUGGCGUUGGUGUUGCAGGCGAAAGACACUCUGGAGUGGGCUUAUAGAGGAGAAGGUUUUGUCAAUCUAGUUCUUGCUUAUUGUGGAAAAUCCCCUGAUUUUGUUGGAAAAGUUCUACGGAUGAGAAAAGUUCCAAAGUAUGGAUCUGAAUAUGAGAAUGGUCAUUCUGCCCUUACUAUGCAUGAAUGCCUCCUAUGGGGGGAACUUGAAGGCCUUGUUUCAGCACCUACGGGAGAAAUUGCAGAGCAAUUAUAUUUGCAGCAAGUAAUGUGCCCAUUGUUGGGUUCCAAACAUGUUGAUGCCGGGGUAAUUAUUAUAGCCUUAUUCGUGUUCUUGUGACCAGAGAAUUUUUGGAGGCAGUUGAAAAUAAGGGCCCAUUUGAUUGCAAAGAUGAAAUUUGGAUGGAAAGAAAAUAAAUUUCAGGG